AUGGACAUCGACUUCAGGCGUGCAGUGCCAGGAUGUCUUUUCAAGGCACUGGUCUCUGGGGGGCCAGGUGCACACUGUCUGGGGUCAGUACACUGGCCCCUCGGGGGCCAGGUGCCACUGGCCUCGGGGGGGCCAGGUACACUGGCCCUGGGCCAGGCACCAGCCCUGGGGGGCUCAGGCACACUGGCCCUGGGACCAGGUGCAGAAUCAUCUCGGGGGGCCAGGUGCACACUGGGCCCGGGGGGACUCAGUGGCACUGGCCCGGGGGAUCAGGUGCCACUGGCCUCGGGGGAUCAGGUACACUGCCCCGGGGGCCAGGCAUCAACUGCACCAGGUACACUGGCCUGGGGGUCAGGUGCACACUGCCCUGGGGGCCAGGCAGCACUGGCCCUGGGGGCUAGUGCACACUGGCCUCCUGGGGGACUAUUAGGCAUACUGGCCUCGGGGGCCAGGGGGUCAGGUGUACACUGCCUGGGGGACCAGGCACACCGUCUUCAAAUAGUGGCACUCGGCCUUGGGGAUCAGUGUACACUGGCCUCGGGGGUCAGGGGUAAGCACUGCCCCUGUGGGGAUCAGGUGGCACUGGCCCCUGGGGAAACCAGGCCCCAGCCUCCUGCGCCUCCCCAGCCUGUCUCCUCCCCCAGCCCGUCUCCCUCCCCAGCCUGCUGCCCCCAGCCCGCCGCCCCCAGCCCGCCGCUUCUCCCAAAAGAAAGAAGAAGAAAGAACGAAAGAAAGAAGAAGAAGAAAGAAAGAAAGAAAGAGGAAGAAGAAAGAAAGAGGGAAAAGAGAGAAGGAAGAAGGAAGGAAGGAAGUCAGUAUCCAGGUGUAGUCCAAGCUGAUAUGCGUGUGAUCUCCACUGGUCAGACCUUCUUAAAGGGUUCAGAAGUGAUCUUGACAAAUAAACAACCGUUUUAUCACUGA